CUCUCUCUCUCUCUCUGUCUCAAACCUGCAAACAUGGCUGUUCCUUUGAUCCUCAAGAACCAAACAGAUCACCGACAAGAUCCUCACCCGAACACGACCCAUCUCUCCUCUACGCUUCAAGAAGCCAAAUCAAUCGCCAAAAUAUCCCUCCCGAUGAUCUUAACCGGUUUACUCCUCUACUCUCGCUCGAUGAUCUCAAUGCUCUUCCUCGGCCGUCUCAACGAUCUCUCUGCUCUCUCCGGCGGCUCGCUCGCCCUCGGCUUCGCCAACAUCACCGGAUACUCUCUCCUCUCCGGUCUCUCCAUGGGCAUGGAACCCAUCUGCGUCCAAGCCUUUGGCGCCAAAAGAUUCAAACUUUUAGGCCUCGCUUUGCAAAGGACCACGCUUUUGCUCCUCCUCUGUUCUCUCCCCGUCUCCAUCCUCUGGCUCAACAUCAAGAAGAUCCUAUUGUUCUUCGGACAAGACGAGGAGAUCUCGAACCAAGCAGAGAUCUUCAUCCUCUUCUCUCUCCCUGAUCUGAUUCUUCAGUCUUUAUUACAUCCUCUCCGUAUUUACCUCCGGUCUCAAUCCAUCACUCUUCCUCUCACAUACUCUGCUUUCUUCUCUGUGAUCCUCCACAUUCCGAUCAACUACCUUCUGGUUUCUUCCCUUGGUCUCGGCCUCAAAGGUGUAGCCUUGGGAGCGAUAUGGACUAAUGUGAAUCUCCUAGGGUUUCUGAUCAUUUAUAUCGCGUUUUCGGGUUUAUAUGAGAAGACAUGGGGAGGAUUCUCUAUUGAUUGUUUUAAAGGAUGGAGAUCGUUAAUGAAACUAGCAAUCCCUAGCUGUGUUUCAGUAUGUCUAGAAUGGUGGUGGUACGAAAUAAUGAUUCUUCUUUGUGGACUGUUACUUAACCCGCAAGCAACCGUCGCGUCUAUGGGAAUCUUGAUCCAAACCACUGCUUUGAUCUACAUUUUUCCUUCCUCUCUUAGUGUGAGUGUCUCUACACGCGUGGGGAACGAGCUAGGCGCGGAUCAGCCUGAUAAGGCAAGGAUAGCUGCGAGAACCGGACUCUGUUUAAGCCUAGGGUUAGGUUUAAUCGCCAUGUUUUUCGCUUUGAUUGUGAGGAAUUAUUGGGCUAGAUUGUUCACGGUUGAGGAGGAGAUUCUGAAGUUGACUUCCAUGGUUUUACCGAUCAUCGGUCUUUGCGAGCUAGGGAACGGUCCUCAGACCACAAUGUGUGGAGUUUUGAGAGGAAGUGCUAGACCUAAACUAGGAGCAAACAUAAACUUGUGUUGUUUCUACUUUGUGGGAAUGCCUGUGGCUAUAUGGUUAAGUUUCUUUAGUGGGUUUGACUUCAAGGGACUGUGGUUAGGUAUGUUUGCAGCUCAGGGAUCGUGCCUGGUUUCGAUGUUGGUUGUGUUGGGUAAGACUGAUUGGGAAGCUGAGGUUCAUAGGGCGAAAGAACUCAUGACUAGAUCCAGUGAUGGAGAUGGUGAAGAUGAUAAUGGUAGUGGAAGUAAUACAAUGCCGUUUUUGUUGGAUUCUUUGGAUAUAGAAGAAAGUGGGAACUAUAGGCAUUUGAAUCUGUUUUGAUUUAUUGUAGCACUAACGAUAUUUGUUUUCAUUGUAAACUCUCUAAUUGAUUAUUUUAGGAAGGAACCACUUUAAACAUUAGAUCGUUGGAUUUU